CUCCACCUACUUCCCUGUUGCCCCUCUCUAGUGUCUUGUCCUGUCUUUCACAACCGUUCCCCCUCCUUCGCCUGUUCGCUCUGUCCCACUUUCCCACACUCGUCAUUUCCCCCUCGUCCUUUUGUAACACCACCUCUACCGCUCCAUCCGUCACCCCGCUCUAAACCAUGUCAUACAUCUACAGAGAACCCGACCGGGAUCGAGACUGGGACGAACCUCGUUCCGCCGUCUCUGUCAAGCGCUACGUCAUCCCUUCGGACGACGACCGAGAUCGAGACCGAGACCGCGACUUCUUCCGUCGACGAGACAACUCCGAUCGUGAUCUGGUCAUCCGUCGCUCCGACGAUCCUAUCAUGGCUUCGCGCUACGAUCGUGACUACGAUUCACGUCCCUAUUCCGAGAGGGACUAUUACGAACGUGAACGUGAGUACUCUGAGUACCUUGACCCCGAUCGUCGCUCCUCCAGAUUUCGGGAGGUUCAUCCGGUAAUCGUCAAUCAAGGUCCCGUCUACGUCCACCCGCGCGAGUCCGACUACGAGAUGGUCCAAAGGUCCGAGCUGGAUCGCGACCCGGCCUACUCGUAUCACCGCCGGGCCCGCGACUAUGACGAUGACCGUCGGUUCCGUCGCGAGCUGAGCCCCAGCGACUCCGUCUCCCAGGCCACCCGUCGCCGGGACGACCAUGGCUACAGCAGCGACGACAGCAUGGUCUACGUUCGCAAGGAUGGCUUCGACCAUGAAGACCACCCUCAUCAUCACCGUCACAUGGCCGAGGGCGCCCUGGUUGGCGUCGGCGCAGCCGAGUUGCUCCGCCAGCGGCGGAAGAAGGACGGCAAGGAGGAGGAGUCUGACGGUUUGGGUCGCAUCGGACGCGGUGUCGGCGCCGGGGCCCUGGGCGCCGUCGCCGUCAGUGCCGCCUCCCGCGCGCGGGACUACUACCGCAGUCAGAGCCGCCAUCGCUCCCACUCCUUCGACGAGGACCGCCGCUCCCGUUCGCACCGUCGCCAUCGCCACCGCCAUUCGCACAGCCAGUCGCGCCACGGCCGCUCCCACUCGCGUUCCCGCGCGAGGACCUUCGCGGAGCUGGGCCUCGGCGCCGCCGCCAUCGCCGGAGCAGUCGCCCUGGCCCGCAAGAAGUCGACCGACGACCGACGCAGCCGCUCUCGGCACCGUCGGUCCUCCGCGUCCCGCGCCGACCACGCCCCCGAGGACGAGCCCCGCAGCCGCUCCCAGGCGCGCAAGCACAUGGCCGGUGCCGGUCUGGCCGGGGCCGCCGUGGCGGGCCUGGUAGACCGAGCCCGCAGCCGCUCGCGUCCCCGCCACCGCUCGCGCUCCCGCUCCCAGAGCCGACUGCGGCAAGUGCUCCCGAUCGCCGCUGCCGGGUUGGGCACUGCCGCUGCCACGGGUCUGUACGAGAAGAACAAGGAGAAGAAGGGUCGCAAAGAGUCACGGCAUCGGGAGCGACGGCACUCGCGUUCCCGCUCUCGCAGCCGCGCGCCGUCCGAGCCUUACUAUUCCGAGGGCCCGCGGGACUCGCCCGGUCUGAUCGAGUACGGCGAGGACCCGGUCCACGGCAGCAUCCCCGCGGCCAACUACUACGGCCGCCCCGCGAGCCCACACGGUUCCUACCCCGACUCCUCGCGCCACCGCCAUCGCAAUCGCAGCCGGGGGCGGGGUCGGCACCACAGUGGGAGCUCGUCCGAGUCUGAUUCGGGCGGACGUCACAAGCAUCGCAGCCGCUCCCGCAGCGUGGCCGAAGCGGCACUGGCUGCCGCCGGCGUCGGAUACGGCGCCCACAAAUACUCGCAGCGCAAGGAUCGCAAGAAGACCGAGAGGUCUCGGUCUCGACCACGGUAUGACGAUGACGGACGCUAUGACACGCACGAUGACCCGUACUACUCGGAGCCCUAUUCACCCUAUUCGCCCCCCUAUUCGUCUUCUCCCCCGGUUCGAUCGGCCAUUGACAGCCACGCCUAUCCCAACGGCAGUCCCUUCCCGCCGCCUCCUGGCUCCGCGCCCCGUCCGGCCGGUAGCGCCGCCCCGUAUCACCCGGGCGAGUACUAUCCGCCUCCCCCGGGCGCAAUCCCUCCGCCAGGGGCGGUCCCUCCACAGCCUGCGUACGCGGGCCCCCCUCCGAGCGGGCGGGAACCAUAUGCGCCCCGGCCCCGGCGGGCCGAUGAGAAUAUCUAAAACAUCCACCGAGAUGGGUCCCCCGUGCCCGAACCGACCGGAAGCGCAGACGACGCGGCACCAGUCAGCCGCCCCCGAAGUCAGUUGCGUUUGUGGACCCCG